GGUGAUAGGGUUCAUUCUGAUAAUAGCAAUGAGUUCUAAUCGUAUGUGUUAUUCUAGUAUUGAAAUCUAUCAGUAGUGUGGUCUGGGUGUCUGUUUUAGCGCAUAUAUGUAUGUAUAUCUCUCUACCUACCUACAUUACACUGAUAGGACUGGUGAUUGCAGUACCUACUUAUGCCUGUUUGAUAUUUACUGGGGGGCCCUCUGCGCAAGUCCGUAACCCUGACAUGCGCGAACCUGGUCAAAAUUCGCCACCCUCAAUUUUGUGUUUGUGUUAUUUACGAAAAAGAAAAUACAUUCUAGCUUUACAUUUUUUUUAAAACAAUUGUUAUCUUCAAAUACUUACCGUAUUUAUGUUCUAACGGUGAUUUGAUAAUUGGUACAUUUUUACAAAUAACCUCAAAGACAAUGCAGUUGUUUUUAAUAAUUAAGUGUGUGUUGUGGUGAGAGUGACGUGCAUUUGUGGAAAUAAAGUGUUUCAUAGUGUAGCAAUGUUUAUGUAAUUGUCGUAACUAUUGACAUUACCGCUGUAACUGAUAUCAAUCGCUUCUGCAUCAAAGAACCUGAAUAAAAUGCUGAUGCUAUCUAGAUGAUGCAGGAACAACUGCCCAGUGCGUAACUGAAAUAUUUGAAGCAGACAAAUGGGAAUAAGAAAUAAAGGGCGGGACUGGCGGUUCCAAUGGAGCAUGGUGAUGAUAGCGGCGGCCGCGCUGGUGGCAUACAACGCGGUCGCCAACCUCUGGCUGCUGCACCCUGCUUCCUGCCCCAUUCCCCCCACGCCUGCGCCGACCGAGCCGCCCACCUGCGAGCCCUGCUAUGGCAAAGUCUCCAGCGCUGGCGCAGAUUAUGAUCCCAUUUAUGCACUCGACUUAAGGUUAGGCAGGUGGGAUGGCAGUCGAUCAUACAAGAUAUUCGACAAUGUGGCAGUCGGGGAGCUGUACUCCGAGAUGUCUACUAAUUACCACGUUUGCCUUGCGACGCAGAGCUCUAUAGAGAGGCUCCACGAGCUAUUGAGGAUUGCAGCGCACUGGACCGGACCUAUAUCAGUGGCAGUGUUUGUGGCCGGGGAUGAAAUGAGACUGCUCAGAGCUUUCACUACAUGGUUGUAUAAAUGCCAACCAGAAAUAUAUUCAAGACUAGCUUUACACAUUAUUAUGCCUGCGGAAAAACCAGGGUUCAUUGAUGGGUCUCUGCCGAAAUGGGCGAGGGAUUGUGACGUCAUUCCUCUACCGCACGAGGAACGUAAAGCCGAGACCGUGGCUUGGAGAGCGAGGCAUCCGUACCCUCAGAAUCACAUGAGGAAUUUAGCGAGGAAGAAUACUCACACAUCUUAUGUUUUCUUAGUAGAUAUUGAUAUAGUACCUUCUACAGGGAUGGCAGAAGCCUUAAAUCAGUUUCUUGACAGCUCGCCCAAAUGUCCGCUCUGUGCGUACGUGGUGCCUACGUAUGAGUUGGACCGAAGAGUUGCCAAGUUUCCUGCUAAUAAAUCAGAGCUGGUGAGGCUCUCCAGAAGUAAACUGGCGAUACCAUUCCACAGAAAAGUGUUUAUUUAUAACCAGUUUGCUUCGAACUUUUCGAGGUGGGAAGCCAGUGGUGGUAACGAGAGUGAACUAACACACAUCAGUCACAACGUGACGAACUUCGAGUUGCUGUAUGAGCCAUUCUACUUGGCUUCGGACACUGUACCCGCUCAUGAUGAGAGGUUCCUCGGCUACGGGUUCACAAGGAAUUCACAGGUAUACGAGAUGUUCCUAAUCGGGUAUCAGUUCAAAGUGCUAUCCCCGAUCUUCACGAUCCACUGGGGGAUACAGACGAGAAGAAACCGCCCGUUGUGGCGGGAGAAGCAGAAUGAGAACAAUAGGAAACACUUUGAGACUUUCAAGAAGGAACUUUUCGCGCGGUAUAGGAAAGACCCUCUGCAUUUGCUUAAGAGGCCACAGCAGGCUAAAAAGACCUAGGCAUCGCGAGGCCGUGCUCACUCCGCCGGCCUCGGACUACUCACGCUCGCAGCAUUAUCCUGGACACUCCCAGUUCUCAUGACAGAAUGACAGCAGAAUUAGUAGGUAUACGUGUGUAUAAAUGUGGUAAAGUGACUCGUGUGCAUGGAAACUGUGUCAGACUAAGUGUUGUAGGGUAUUUUUGUAAUAUAACUGAACUAUAAGUGUAAGUAGACAUCAAAGUAGCUAGCUGAAAUAGAUUUAUACAUACUAUGUUGAUAAAUAUAAGUAGUUUACUACACCUAUUUAAAUUUUAUUCUGUAGAUAAUAAUUAUAUGCGGGCUAAAAUUGGUUUUGGAUCAAACUGAAAAGCAAUGUUACUCAACAGAUUGUAUCGUCUUUAAAUUUAUUUCAAAAUCACUUUCAAUAGUUCCUGAAUUCAGAUGACAUAAGAUUGACUUAAAAUCAGUUUUAGCCAGUAAAAUACAAUGUAAUUAUAUUUAAAUCUAUAUGGCUGUUGUAUCAAAAUUAUGUUGUUAUAUAAAAAUAAUGCACAUUAGGUAAUGAAAGUGAGAUUUUGAUAUACAUAAAUAUGUGAAGAUGUGAGUGUGAAGUUAUUUAUUUAAAAUACAUAGGUAUACUGUUGUGUUCUUAUGAAGUAAGAGAAAGAAGAAUGAUUAAGUAUAAUGUGUUCGUAUUUAUUUGCUGAAGUCACAAAUGGAAAUAGUAGAUCAUUCACAAUGAUCGAUCAGUACCCUUAGUACGAGUUUACUUUACAUUUAAAGUAAUCGAAACGAAAGCGCGUUCGGUGCUCUGAUUGGUUGGUUUAUUCGAGCCUGCCAAUCAGAGCGCCGAACGCGCUUUCGUUUCGAUUACUUUAAACGUAAAGUAAACUUGUACUAAGGCUAUUGUUAGACGAUUUGGGAAAUAAAAGUAAACACAUUGUUUAAUAUCUAUCUUUAAAAUCCACCGAUAGAUUAAUGAAUAUAUUUACUAAUUAUUUGAUGAUGUUUUAAAUGGUUAAGGUUUGUUGAGGAUGUCUGGGAUCAAACCUCUGGAAGGCUCUCUACAAGUAGGCACAAAGGUUGUACCAUAUUAGCUACUCUAUAAUAUUUGCAUUUAAUCGUUGUUGUCUAUAAAUGUGAUAUGCGUAACUGUUGGAUAAUUUAUUUUUGUUAAUAAGCCUAAGUUAUUAAGCCUGUGUAGACGAGAGACGUUUUGGUCAAUCUUCAUCAUAUCAGUCACAAUACAGAACAUAGGUCUUCUUCGGCCUCGACCUGGACCUGCGGACUACCUAGCGGGUUAGUAACCAUUAAAUGAUUCUGAGUAUAGCGGUAAGAGUCUGAGACUAAACGUCGGCAUUUAACAUAAAAAAACUACCUACCUUUCGCCUCACCCCAGGAGAGUUAUGGUAAAUUAUGAAAAAAGGCCUCCAUCAAUAUUUUGCAGAUUGGUCAGUUAUGGUUAGUAAAGGUAGAUCUAGUUCAUAAACGUACAAUUUACUCAUAAAAGCGUUUUACUGUGGCAUCAUCAGUGGUCUUGUUUUAAAAUCUUGGAUACAUUUUUGGACAAUAGUCUGCGCAGGUCCUUAAAGGUGUUGUGGCUGAGUAACUGUUUUAGAAAGAUAUUUAAGUGUCUAUUAAGUAAAUGCCAAUCACAAUAUUAGUUGACUGUUUUAGUAUAAUGAAUGUAUGUGUUCUAUAGUUAAAUGUCAAAGCACUGUUUAUAGAGAGCAAUAUCUAACACUAGUGGGUAAUAAAUGAAAGUAUUCCAACUAUAGUUUGUUCGAUACAGUAUUCAUUUCAUUGUUCCUAUUUUACUAUAAUGUUACAAACGAUUUGUUUAUCUUGUUGAGAAUUUGAAAGAAAUAUUAUUUAUGUCCUAUUGAAGGUAUUUUUAAUGUACCUUGUUUACAGUAAAAUCUAUGAAUUUUCGUAUCUUUAUGACAUUUGAAUUGUGAUCAGUACCCUUAGUACGAGUUUGCUUUACGUUGUACGAAAACGAAACGAGCAAAUGCGCGUUCGGCGCUCUGAUUGGCCGGCGCGAAUGAACCAACCAAUCAAAGCACCGAAAGCGCUCUCGAUUCGAUCUCGUAAAACGUAAAAUAAACUCGUACUAAGGCCUGAGUUGAAACGCUCAUAAUGUUUGUUUAUUACGAUUAUAUUAUGUCGAAACAGAUUGACCGAUAUUGAUGAGAUGUAAAUGUGAUCUUGGAUAAAAAUGUACGUCUGGUGUAGAUUCUUUUGUCUAUUAAUAAAAUUUGACGUAAUUAAACUUGCAGCUGCAGUUAAAAGCAGAUGAUGUGAUAAAAAUAUAUUUGGAGAAUAUGGAAAGAUUAUGUUCGCAUUUAAAUUUAUAAAUUCUUUAGAUAUGUACGUAAUAAAAUUGAAUGAAUAAAAUAAUUUUAAUGUAAAUUCAAAUAAAUGAAAUUGAUCAUUCUCAGAAGUAAUUUUUGUUAUACAUUUGAAUAUUAUAUCAUUAUUUAAAUUAUAUUAAUUAUAUAAAUUAAGUUAUAGCACAAUUUUAUAAUAUUUAUUUACUGUUAUACAAUUCGAGUGAGAGUUUGUGAACGCUGUAGCCUUUUAUUAUUUUUAAAUUCACAUUUUUUCAAUAAACAGUUCUCAAAUA